AUGCCGGUCGUAGAAGCAUUUCCAGUAGAGAAGGAGUACGAGAAGAAUUCGGAUAUAUCUCCAGAGGACAUCAGAAAGCUGCGGGAGUGGCUGAAGACGCAGCCUCACAUGCCAGAAGAGUACAUAACAGAUCUAGAUCUCAUAUUACUUUUCUUCUGUUGCGAGAAGAGUGCUGAAGUCUCUAAGCAAGUUUUGGAUCUCCACUACACGCUCAGAACUCAUAUUAAUGCGUGGUUCCUGAACAGAGUAGCAGAUGAGAAGAUCAUACAAUGUAUGAAUUUAGUCUUAGUAACACCUCUCCCAACAUUCACAGCCGACGGUUACAAAGUGAUAUACGGUCGGUUAUUAGACGCAGACCCUAAAAAUUUCAACUUUAGUGAUGUCGUUCGCUUAGUCGGAAUGGUCUUCGAUUUAUACCAAUAUGCAGAAGGAACAUGGCCAGGACUCGUUGCUGUAAUAGACAUGGAUUUUGCUAGUAUGGGACAUAUAGCAAGGAUCGAUUUGUCGACAUUAAAACAGCUUGUAAUCUUCCACCAGGAAUGCAUGUUUACUAGAUUGAAAGAAGUGCACUUUGUAAACGCUCCUUACUUCAUGGAUCGAUUGAUGUCAUUAGUGAGAUUGUUCGCGAAGAAGUCGUUACUGGACAUGAUCAAAAUUCAUGAGCGAGGGUCAGAGUCCAUUUACGAAUACGUGCCGAAAAGUGCAUUCCCGAAAGAGUUAGGAGGAAACUAUAAGGAUAACAUUACUUUAAGAGAUGAAAUGAUACAACAUUUGAAAGAUAAUAAGCAGUACUUCGAAGAAGAAGGUCGAAAGCGUGUAAAUGAAUCAUUGCGUCUAAACGGGAAAACUAAUGUUGAGGAUUUGUUUGGUACACAGGGUAGUUUUAAGAAAUUGGAGAUUGAUUGAGUUUCUAAAUAUAUUUUUUUUAAUAAAAUUUUCCGUUUAAAAACUU